AUGUGGUGGAUGCUGUUUCCCCGAUGGAUUUGGUUUCUUCUGGGACAGUGCUACACUUUACUCCUGUACAUGGACAGCUGCCGUGUGAGAGCGAUGCCGAUGCCCAUGUCGGUGGCCAAAGUGGUGUAUUCCCACGCAGGUCUGUGCCCGAAUGACCUGAACCCCAACCUGUGGGUGGAUGCUAUGAGCACCUGCAUGCGCGAGUGCGAAUCUGACCAGGACUGUGAAACAUUUGAGAAGUGCUGCCCUAAUGUGUGCGGUAACAAGAGCUGUGUGGCAGCGCGCUAUAUAGACAUCAAGGGCAGCAAGGGCCCUAUCGGGAUGCCAAAGGGUGCCACGUGCGACAAGUUCAUGUGCUCGCAGCAAGGGUCCGAGUGCGACAUCUGGGACGGCCAGCCUGUUUGUAAGUGUCGGGACCGCUGCGAGAGAGAACCCCACUUCACGUGCGCAUCCGACGGCAUGACAUAUUAUAACAAGUGCUACAUGGAUGCUGAGGCCUGCUCCAAGGGUAUCUCUAUCUCUGAGGUCACCUGCAGGUACCACCUGACCUGGCCAAACACCAGUCCAAUCCCUGCAGAAACCACCUUACAUCCCACCACCGCCCUCCAGACCACAAUCCCAACUGACAUCCAGCUCCCUGCCAUUCACAGCGGACCCACCCAGCAGGCGGUUUUCGUGGGUGAGACAGCUAGCUUCCUGUGCGAGGUGUCUGGGAAGCCACAUCCGGAGAUCACCUGGGAGAAGCAGCUGAAAGGCAAAGAGAACACCAUCAUGAGACCCAAUCACGUCCGGGGGAACGUCGUGGUCACCAACAUCGGUCAGCUGGUUAUAUACAACGCACAACUUCAGGACGCCGGCAUCUACACGUGCACCGCCAAAAACGUCGGGGGAAGCGUGUCGUCGCACUUUCCUUUGGUGGUGAUCAAGAAGGAAUCCAAAGGUAAGAAUGCAGAAGGGAACAGCACCAACCUGCCUUUUCCAGUCGCAGAGUGCCUCAAGGGUCCUGACACGGAUGACUGUGGAGAGGAGAGCAUGAGCUGGUACUAUGAACCAAAGAGGAACAAUUGCUUCACCUUCACCUACAGUCAGUGCAACAAGAACCAAAACCACUUCGACACCUACGAAGCCUGCAUGCUGUCGUGCGGAGCGGAGCUGGCGGCUCCUUGCAGCUUACCGAGCCUCCAAGGGCCCUGCAAAGCCUACGAGCCUCGCUGGGCGUACAGCAGCACUCUCAAAAAGUGCCAGUCCUUUGUGUAUGGAGGCUGCGGCGGCAACGAGAACAACUUUGAGUCCAAAGAGGCCUGCGAAGAGAUGUGUCCCUUUCCGAAGAACCACAACUGCAAGGUGUGUAAACCUCGAGGCAAGAUGGUCGCCAGCUUCUGCAAGAGUGACUUUGUGAUCCUCGGGCGAGUGAUGGAGCUGACCGAGGAGCAGGAGUCCGGCCACGCUUUGGUGACGGUGGAGGAGAUCUUGAAGGACGAGAAGAUGGGCCUCAGGUUCUUCGGCAAGGAACCUCUGGAGGUGACCCUCCUCAACAUGGACUGGAACUGCCCCUGCCCCAACAUCACCGCGGCCGACGGGCAGCUCAUCAUCAUGGGGGACGUUCACAACGGGAUGGCCGUCCUGCAGCCCGACAGCUUCGUGGGCUCCUCCAGCGCUCGCAGAGUCCGGAAGCUGCGCGAGAUCGUCCACAAGAAAACCUGCGACUUCCUUAAAGAUUUCUCGGCCGUCCAGUAGAGUCUCCCUGAACGUCAGCUCUCGUGUGUCGCGUUCAGAUGAUUCCAAGCUCCAGUGACCUCAACAGUCAGACCGACUGCCAGCUAACACAAAGCUAGUAACUUAUCUGUAACGUUGGAGGUUUUGCUGCCAACCUCGUUCUCCAUAUCACUCAGAAGAUUUUCGCAAAAUUGAUCGUUUUGUUAGUUGUUUUUAUUCGUGAUUUCCUCAAAGCCGUGGUCCAGUUAGACCCCUUAUUCCCAUUA